UCGUUGCUGAAAGGUUGUGUUUAGUUUUGGCUUUUGGGAAUUCUCAAUUCUUGGUCUCACCCUUUUCUCCUAAUUUCGCAGCGUAAUCAUUAAACACUGAAAUUUGUUCUCCACCCAAGAGAUACAAAGAGGAAAGCAAGGAAUAAGAGGGAUAGAGUGGAACCUACUCUUCCUACACUCAGUAAGCAACAGAAUUAGUUAGGAAUAACAAGAAGGUUUUCGUAAACGGCUAAACUCAACUUCACUGUUCACUCUCGCUUCUCUCCUUUGUACCCUUCCAAUCUUCCAUUUUCCUCUUACUUCAACUUCCAACUUUCCCUUUAAUAAUUAACUAAUUAAUUAAUUGAUUGAUUGAUUAUUAGUUAAUUAAUGACGGAUCAAAUAGUUUCUUCUCCUCUAAUUCCUCCUUCAUCUAUCACCCACUCUUCCGCCAUCGACCUUGAAGCCGGUUCCUCCGAACAAAUCCAAUGCCGGAUUUGUCUCGAAACAGAUGGCAGAGAUUUCAUUGCUCCUUGCAAAUGCAAAGGUACAUCAAAAUAUGUACAUCGAGAGUGUUUGGAUCACUGGCGUGCGGUUAAGGAAGGGUUUGCAUUUGCUCAUUGCACUACUUGCAAGGCACCUUAUCAUUUGCGUGUUCAUGGUGCUGCAGAUAGGAAAUGGCGUACCUUGAAAUUUCGGUUUUUUGUCACCAGAGACAUUUUGUUUAUAUUUCUGGCAGUUCAGCUUGUCAUUGCUUCAUUGGCAUAUUUGGUUUAUCUAAUAGAUGGUUACCAGCAGUACUGGCUUCGUCUUGUUUGGGGUUUUGAUAGUGAGCCAAGCUUUUACUACAUAUGUGGAGCCCUCUUGUUUUUUGUAUUGCUUGGCCUAUCAGGAUGCUUCAUUACUUGUUAUGAUCGAAGAGUUCGCAAUGACUUGGCACAGCCUUGUCGAGAAAUCUGUCUUUGUUGCUGCCAUCCUGGAGUCUGCGCAGACUGCCAUUUACCGGGGACACUUUGCAUGUGGACUGAUUGCACUGCAUGCUUUGAGAGUUGCGGAACGAUGGCAACUGAAUGUGGAAGUUGCAUGGGAGGUGCUGGAGAAGCAGGGCUGCCAUUACUAUUCAUAAUGGCUUUGAUUUUUCUCGGACUCUUUACUCUAAUUGGGAUAUUUUACAGUGUAUUAGUGGCUACCAUGAUAGGACAACGAAUAUGGCAGCGUCAUUAUCAUAUACUUGCAAAAAGGAUGCUUACAAAGGAGUAUGUCGUUGAGGAUAUCGACGGAGAGGUGUCACGGUCUGACUGGUCUCCUCCAUCUCUCCCACUGGAACAUGUUCAACAGCUGAAAUCACUGGGUCUUUUAUGAGUUUGAAUUUUGAAGAUGGAUCUACCUGCUCAGAAAAAUGACCGUAGAGUCGAGAUUGACAAUGGGUUUUGGUAAUUUGGUCUUCUAUCAGGGUGCUACAGGAUUGAUCUAAUGUGAAUUAUAGUCACUCAACUGAGUUUGGUUAGAUUUGUAUGGUUGUGGUGAUAUAUUGAAAUUGGAGAGCUGCUGUUCCGUCUACAAAUGUAAAUAAAAUAAUAAAUAGUCGCUAGUUUUGAGAUAACGCCAGUCCAUCUUCAUACGAAGAUGUGCGGUGAAGUAACGACACAUAGUCAUUCAUACGGCCAACUUAGUGCAUGGUUGACAAAGUCACAGGGAGUAGUUGAAACUUGGGGACCGAUUAAAUGCUCCUUACAACUUUUGGGGUAUUGAAACUCUAUAAAUAAAGUAAGUAACAAAGUUGUAUUUUAUUUGUUUUAUCA